AUGGACGAAAUACACUCUGAAAGGAAAUACUCUUCAAGCCCGGAGAACCAGGCUGAUGAAGAUACGGGGAAAAUCAUGUCCCUUGGUGACAGUGAAGUCGAGCAAUUCUAUGGCUCCUCUACUACGCAGGCGUACCGACUGAAGUCAGAAGUGGUAGGGCAAUGCAUGGAAGAGAUUGGCAUGGGAAGAUUUCAAUGGAAACUCUUCGUGGUAACUGGAUUUGGCUGGAUCGUGGACAACUUUGCAUCACAAGGUAUCGGCAGCGUGCAACCCCCCAUUGAACAAGAGUUCUCGGAUAUCAGCAAAGUCAGCUAUAGCUCUGUUGCAUAUUACGUUGGCCUUAUCAUCGGCGCCUCUUUCUGGGGUCUGUCAAGCGACCUUAUUGGUCGUAAGCCCGCAUUCAACUGUACACUUCUUAUUGCAGGUAUAUUCCUUUGCGCCACGGCCGGGACGAUGAACUUUAUCGCUUUCAGUGCUUUCUGGGCCGUGAUCGGUACUGCAACAGGAGGAAACGUACCUGUGGAUUCGAUGAUAUUCUUGGAAUUUGUUCCUGGAAGUCAUCAAUACCUCCUCACUGCCCUUUCUGCAUGGUGGAAUCUGGGCCAAUUGAUAGUAUCUCUACUUGCAUGGGUAUUUCUGGCCAAUUUUAGCUGUGCGACAGAUGCGACUCCUGCAACUUGUUCUCGUAGCGAGAAUAUGGGGUGGAGAUAUACGAUGAUUACACUUGGAGGGCUCUCUCUCGCUUUUACGUUUAUUCGCAUGUUUCUCUUCAAACUCCCCGAGACCCCGAGAUACCUUCUAUCCCAAGGACGAGACCAAGAUGCCGUCGAUGCCGUAAACUACGUUGCAAAACAAAAUGGCAAGCCCGAGCCAUUGACGAUAGGCAUGCUCCGUGAGAUAGACGCCCGAUUGGGCAUGAUAAUCAACGAGGAAGAAUCCCGCACAAAGCUUUCCGCCAAAGAAAUCAUUUCUGAGAACAUGGACGCUUUCAAGGGGAAGCACUACCGCGGCUUAUUCGCAACACGAAAACUCACCCAGCAAACCAUUGUCAUCUGGGCCGUAUGGCUUACAGUUGGCAUCGCAUACCCACUAUACUUCAACUUCCUCCCGUCGUACCUGGCAACCAAAUUUACGUCAGAUUCCUCUCUCUACCUCACAUACCGUGACUACUGCAUCGAAUCAGCCGUUGGAAUAGUCGGUCCGUUAUCUGCUGCUGUAUCGGUGAAUACCCGCUUAGGUCGACGAUGGAUGAUGGGUAUAUCGGCUGUAGUUACGGCCGUCUUCCUAUUUGCCUACGUAGGGGUCAGCAACCCUACCUCCAGCUUAGCGUUCUCGUGUGUCACUGUUCUUUUGGCCAACUUUGAGUAUGCGAUCAUGUAUGCCUUUACCCCGGAGUCAUUCCCGGCUCCGCACCGUGGAACCGGGGUAGGUACUGCGGCUGCUUUGUUGCGGUUUGGGGGUCUUGUUGCUAGUUUGAUCUCAUCGCAGACUGGGUUCACCAGUGCUCCUAUUUAUGCUAGUGCGGCGUUGUGGGUGCUUGUUGGUGUCUACUGUCUCGGGAUACCUUAUGAGACACAUGGACAUGAUGCACUAUAG